AUGCAAAACCCGUGGAGAGAGUCGGCAAAUGUGUUGCUAUUGAGGCCAAUCACAUCACCACAAACUGAUCCCACACUUUGCGACUACGAGAUGCUCACCAUCAGUGGCGACACAACCCGUGGCAUACGAUCGGCCAGUUAUGUGACACCUGGGGGUCCACUACACGCCUCCGACUUAUCGCCCAAAUGGUGGGCACUGUUCGAGAGACUCGGAGUUCAGACGACGAGUUUCGGGCGAUUAUCACCGGACGGGUCCGCCGCUCGACCGCCCAUUAUCUGCGAUAACCUCUUCGUUGACGAUCUCAGGCGCGGCUCAUCUAAUACUGAGGAGGACUUUGUCACCAUUGAUAUGGCCUUAAGAAUAGCCGCCAUUCGCCAUAUCUUCACGCAAACAGGUAUUCUUGUGGUGGACUCCAUGUCCCCUAAGAGUCACGUGAAUCCGGACGUGUUAUGCGAAUGGCGUGAAAGGGUUGGUCACUCACCCGACCAGUUCCACGCCCUGUGCCAGAGGUAUGAUCUGAAGCCUGACUUGUGGUCACUGAAGGAGUGGUGGAAUUGGUUGACACCAGUCACUAUCGGUCGCACCAAUCGCUUCGACACUAUCUACUACUUAUGUGUCCUCCAGAGCCGCCACUCGCUCACUACCGGCGCUACGCAUCACUGGUCGGCACCGGUAGCUCUGUUGACCGAUCGCUAUACCGAUGGCUACACACUAUCGCCGCCACAAGUCUAUGAGUUGUGUAGACUUUUGAACUACUCGUCCGUCAAAGACCUGGAAGUGUUUGCCGCGCAGAGGGAGCGGGAGGGUUGUCACCGAUGGCUCCCCUCCCUAGCUAUGUAUACGGACGGUGCUAUCUCUACACUACCGGGCGAUGACUUAUAUCCGGAAACGGUUGAGUUGUUUGUGCGGAAACCCAUCAAAACGUACGGACAGAGUGUACGAGAAAUACGGGCGAAAAGCCAGCGCUUGAAUCGCAUGGAGUUAAGUGGUAUUGACUGCGAGGUUGUAUCGCAUAACUCUGCCCAGCCGUGUGGUCACAUCGCACCGAGUGGGAACGGCUUCGCUCUCAUUGGUUGGUUCGAUGGACAGUGCGCUCGCAUGACAUCACCCGUGGAUCCAAUGGACAGACCAUCCAAUAAGCGACUCAUCCAAAUGGUGGACCGACUCACCAAACAUGAGAUGGUAGACGUGUUAAGAAAAUUUGGUCGACCAUUCGGUCACUGCAAACAGCUAUUGACCACUCGUUUGCAUCAACUGAUCCGCGGUGUGGACCACCGCACCAUCGAUGGCCAUCGAUUGUCGCGUGUUAUACAAGACAUGUAUCGACUCCAAUGUCAUUUGUAUGGUCUUAAGCGGCAAAAGGUUGCGCCCAUUAGACCGACAUUGGAUUCACAGACACAGCAGUGGACACCGAUUCAGAGGAAUAAUAUCAGUGAUAGUAGUGGUGGUCGACUGUCAUCGACGAGUAAAAUCAAUACCAAUAACAAAGACAUCGCUUCCAAUACAACCACUAUUAGUGGUAAACCGAGUGAUAGGUCUAUGGGUAGCCUGAGGUCGAAGACAUUUAAGACACCACUUAAGUUGUCAGCUCUUAAUGGUGUAAGUGGUGGUAGAGUGCCAUCAGUGAGCACUUCCAGCAAAAGCACGAGAUUUAAUACAUUGAACGACACGUCCAAUGAAGUAAUGAGUGAACAGAUCCGAGAUAAUUGGAUGAAUGAGACGCCACGGAUCAAACGAAAGGGUCGGCGCCAACGGGAGCCAAGGGGUACGUCAUCCACGGGACCACGAGGUAUGGCCCGAUCUAAGAGAAAAAGAGGUAGAAGUCCUCCAAGAAGUGCACCCGUGAAGAGACCACCGAUGAUAAGUGAUAGCCCUUCCAAAACAGUCAAUCUUUGCGGUGAAUUGUGUGAUAUCUUUGAGUUAAUCGAUAUAAAAAUGUUUGACGAAACGGAUGACGCAACCAGUGAUCAUAAACCGACAAAUAAUUCAAAGCCAUCGAAGUCUGUGCCAUUGAAUGCCAAUAAUUGGUUCAAACUAAUCGAUAGGAUAACUGAUUUCGGGGUAAAGAAGUCAUUCACAGUCUCUGAGGAAGACUUUACUUACAGAUACUUCUCAGUGGACAGGGAUUUGAGUGACAUUUUGGCAAAAAAUUCAUUUGAGAUUCAGUUGCGGUUCAGUCAUACGGCGGAAAUGGAGGCCAAAGACUGUAUUCCCGAACACAUGUGUAUUGAUAUGAAUGGCCAACGAUUUUAUACAUACUGUCCGCUCAAUGAGAACCAGUUGUGCCGUCCAUUCAAUGUGAGCUCAUUGUGUCGUUUGGGUGACAAUGAGAUCCAGUUCUCGAUGGCCGUCAAAGAUUAUGAAUACCCCGUGCCUUCACUUUACGAGAUAUCCAUAGUUUGCGCACAAACUCCACAAACACUUCUCAACAAAUUGGUGGCAAAUCCGCAGCAAUUGUUGGCCAGAGAUGUGACCAAAGGGUUCAUAAGACGGACAAUGAAUCCCAAUGCGGACGAAGGCAUCAGUUUAGUGAACGACUCCAUCAAAGUGUCACUCAUUUGUCCCUUAAGUCGCCGGCGAUUGGAGAUCCCGUGCCGUACGACCGGCUGUCAGCAUAUGGAGUGCUUGGACGCCCUAUCCUUCUUCGCGACCAAUGAAUGGCGUUAUGAGUGGUUGUGUCCGAUAUGUUACUCCUCUGCGCGAAGGGAUCUCAUACUCGUGGACAGUAUUUGA